UUUUUUUUCUUUUUUGUAAAAUUUUCCGAGAAAAUUCGUUCGGUUGGAAUUAUCAUUUUCGUGAGUUAACCCCAAAAAAAUACGUUUUUGUUCAUGUUGAGAGGGGGAAUUCGAAUUAUAUGAAUUUUGAUUUCUGGGUAUACGAAAAUUCAUCGGGUUUCUGGGUUUGGGGAAUUUGAAGUUAUGAGCAACCUGAGAGCUAUUUGUAGACCACACACAGUGUUCUCUUCGAUCGUGUGUUGCAACAGACACCAAAGUCGAUCACUUUUUAGGGUUUCGAUUAAUAAAAACCUCGGCUUUAGAACUCGGGUAUCGAAUUCGUCUUGGUUUAGGUCUUCUAAAGAUUCGAAUCAUCUUUGGUUUCGAUUGAAUCAGAGGAAGACUCUCGUUAGGGCUUCGAAUUGGAGCCAAGAGCAGUCCCCGUACGAUACUCUCGAGUUGGAUAGAGAUGCAGAGGAAGAGCAGAUCAAGGUGGCAUACAGACGAUUAGCCAAAUUUUAUCAUCCUGAUGUUUAUGAUGGAAAAGGGAGUCUUGAAGAAGGAGAGACAGCAGAAGCAAGAUUUAUCAAGAUUCAGGCUGCAUACGAGUUGCUCAUGGACUCGGACAAGAAAAGACAAUAUGAUAUGGAUAACCGAGUGAAUCCACUGAAGGCCUCUCAAGCUUGGAUGGAAUGGUUGAUAAAAAAGCGUAAAGCAUUUGAUCAGAGAGGUGACAUGGCGGUUGCAGCAUGGGCUGAGCAACAACAGCUGGAGAUUAACCUACGUGCUCGUCGUCUUUCUCGUUCUAAAGUGGAUCCGGAAGAAGAGAGGAAGAUAUUGGAGAAGGAGAAGAAGGCAUCGAGAGAGUUAUUCAAUAACACUUUAAAGCGACACACGUUGGUGUUGAAGAAAAGAGAUAUGAUGCGAAAGAAAGCAGAGGAAGAUAAGAAAUUGCUCAUCACUCAGCUAUUAGCCGCAGAAGGUCUCGAGCUCGAAGAAGAAGAAGAAGAGGAAGAAUCAGCCAAGUGAGAUCCCCAAACAUAUUGGAAGCUUCAUCUUCGAUUUCUCUACUUCAAGUAAACUAAGCACUUUCUCUUUCUCUUGUAGUAAAACAUAAAUGUAGAUAUCAUACUAAAUUACAAGAUCUUCACUGUACGGUUCACCAUCAAAUUUCUUGAUUAGGAAGUACCAAUCAAUAUAUACA